AGGAGGAGGAGGAGCUGGAGAACCACGAGGUUCCACCGCCCGCCCACUGUGUCCGCAGCACCCCCAGCCCCGGUAGCAUCUUCCCCCCCAUCCUGCAGGAUUUCCCAUUCCCAACCCUUGGCCAGAUGGAGGACGAGGCUGCACGGAAGAGGAAGAUGCCCCGGGACACCCAGGCAGACAACGAGCUGAGCACGGAGCCCAGGGAGGACAAAUCCCCGCGGCAGAACCUGGUGGAAGAGGCCGUUUUGAGCGGCUCCACGGCGCAGGAAUCCAACGGGGAGGAAAAGCCCCGGAGAUCCGGCAGGAGCAGGGGCUGCAAACACAGCCCAGGGUGCUCUGAGGAGGGAAGACCCACCCUGUUCCAGGAAGGCAGCUGGAGAUCCAGCCAGAGCUCAGACCUGACCCAGCAAAUGUCCAGCAGCAGCUCCAUCAGCCACUUUCUCCUGCUGGCAUUGGCAGACAUGCGGCAGCUGCAGCUCCUGCACUUCUGCCUCUUCCUGGGCAUCUCCCUGGCUGCCCUCCUGGGCAACGGCCUCAUCAUCAGUGCCGGAGCCUGCGGCCAGCACCUGCACAGCCCCAUGUUCUUCUUCCUGCUCAACCUGGCCCUCACCGACCUGGGCUCCAUCUGCACCACUGUCCCCAAAGCCAUGCACAAUUCCCUCUGGGGCACCAGGCACAUCUCCUACACAGGAUGUGCUGCUCAGCUCUUUCUUUUGUUUUUCCUCAUCUCAGCAGAGUAUUUCCUCCUCACCAUCAUGUGCUAUGACCGCUACGUGUCCAUCUGCAAACCCCUGCACUACGGGACCCUCCUGGACAGCAGAGCUUGUGCCCACAUGGCAGCAGCUGCCUGGGCCAGUGCCUUUCUCUACACUCUCAUGCACACGGCCAAUACAUUUUCCCUGCCCCUGUGCCAGGGCAAUGCCCUGGGCCAGUUCUUCUGUGAAAUCCCACACAUCCUCAAGCUCUCCUGCUCACACUCCUACCUCAGAGAACUUGGGCUCAUCGCUGUCAGUGUCUGUUUAGCCUUUGGCUGUUUUGCGUUCAUUGUUUUCUCCUAUGUGCAGAUCUUCAGGGCCGUGCUGAGGAUCCCCUCUGAGCAGGGACGGCACAAAGCCUUUUCCACGUGCCUCCCUCACCUGGCUGUGCUCUCUCUGUUCUUCAGCACUGGCACAUUUGCCUACCUGAAGCCCCCCUCCAUCUCCUCACCAUCCCUGGAUGUGGCAGUGUCAGUUCUGUACUUGGUGGUGCCUCCAGCCCUGAACCCCCUCAUCUACAGCCUGAGGAACCAGGAGCUCAGGGAUACCCUGAGGAAACUGAUGACUGAUGCUUUUCAGCAGCAAUGA